CCGUGGGCCCGGGUGUUGUGGGCCGUCGUGUGGUUACUGGCGUCCCAAGACCCACAGCAAUAUUGCCGCGGGUUACCCCCUCACUAGCCACCACAAGCGGAGAACUUGCUGCCGCCCAAAUUACUACCUUGGCUCCCAGAUUGCAAUUAUAGUUACGGUGGGGAUAUCAUAUCGGCGGUGAGGGUCGAGGCUUAGUCUAGCGGCGGCUGGGCGAGUGUAGGAGGUGUUGUGUUGGCAGCAGGUCCAUCACUACCACCUGCAGUAGAGCACACCAUCUGGCGUACCAGCUGAGACUCGGGCACGAACCACCUGCCCCUUCCACCUGGGCGUCAGCACUAGUAUGGUCCCGCGCGAGGCUGCGUCAGCGUCGGCCGGGGUGUACUGAACACGUUGCCGGCGGCGGGCCGGCCUGCGAGGGUGGCAGCGUCGCGUCAGGAUGGUGGGGAGCAGUUGUUGCGUGUGCAGGGUGCAGGUGCUGGUGGCGGUGGCCCUCCUCAGUGUCACAGUUGCCUUGUGGUGGUGAUCGCCGGUGUGGUAGUGGUGGUGAUGAGGCUCUGGCUACCGUCGUGCCGGGCCUGCGCCGACAAACGGUGACCCUGUGUUGGUUUAUAACUGCCAAGGACUUAUCCAAUUCUUAACUACUUUUGCAACACUUAGACGAUGCCUUGCGACAUUUUUUAUAACCUGGCUUUACAUGUACAGGAAAUUAAUUGGUGAUUUUUGCCGAAUUUGGAGAAUAAUUGGAGGAUGUUUAUAGAAAGUGCAGUGAACAAAAGUUGCGCUCUGUGAUAGUGAUAAUUUUUGGUGGUGAUUUUCAACAGUCUUGUCUUUGACCAAGGUGUGAGCAGAUGUGUGGAGGAACAUACCUGAUAUAACGUGUGUGACGGCGGCUCCUUGAGGGACACUCAUAUACUUCAGGCACUUGUUUUUACCUCGUCUGGCCAAGAUGGAUCGAAAGACCCUGCCACCGAGUGUGAUCCCUCAACAAGCCAAGGACCACCCGUCUCUACGAGGGACCCCGCUGGCCAUGCUGGCAGCGCAGUGCAACAAAUUGACCAGCAAGAGCCCACCGCCGCUAGCAGACGCCGCAGUAGGGAAAGGUUUCCACCCGUGGAAGAAGAGUCCAGUUGGGGCAGCCACAGGGUCGGGGGGCGGAGCCUCCGGGGUGGGCACGGGGCAAAGGUCAGGCCCCGCCUCUACGGCCAGUAGUGGUCACGGCCCAGCCUCCUCCUCCAGCAGUUACCAGCGCCCAGUCGUGACGACCAGUGCGGCCUGCUCCUACCCCCAGCCCUCUGACCUGUACUUCCCCUCCGCGUCCUCGUCUGGAGGACAGUCGGAGUCUGCCCAGGCGUCUCUCUUGUCCAAGGUUGACGGGUCCUCACACAUCCCCGCUAUGAGCUCCAUGUACUCACGCGUGGCGGGCGUCACACACCCCUACGAGUCUUGGCCCUUCAACAGUAUGGCAGGGGCUGCCUCAGCCAUCAAGCCAGAGGUAUCAGCAGUCAACUCGCUAAACACAACAAGCUGGUGGGACAUGCACAGUGCAGCCGCCGCCUCGGCUGGCUCCUGGUUAGACAUGUCAGGAGCAACGUCAGCGGGUUUGUCAGGCGUAGCCGGCAUGUCACAGAUGGCCAACUACCCGACGGGUGACUACUCCACACUCUCGCACACACUAGCCGCCUCCAACACGGCCCACCUCCUGUCCUCGGGACAACAUUUGUUGCAGGACACGUACAAAUCUAUGCUACCCACACAGGGAAUGGCCCCGGCAAUGGGCUCGCCGUUCGGGCUGGGCCAGCCCACGUUGCCGCAGGUGCCCUCCCCACGCUCCCAGCGGCGCUACACCGGCCGCGCUACCUGCGACUGCCCCAACUGUCAGGAAGCUGAUCGUCUGGGGCCAGCUGGGGCACACCUCCGGAAAAGGAACAUCCACUCGUGCCAUAUCCCCGGCUGCGGGAAGGUCUACGGCAAGACGUCGCAUCUGAAGGCGCAUCUCCGCUGGCACACGGGUGAGCGCCCUUUCGUUUGCAACUGGCUUUUUUGCGGGAAAAGGUUCACGCGCUCAGAUGAACUACAGCGUCAUCUCCGAACCCACACAGGUGAGAAGCGGUUCGCGUGUCCCGUGUGCAACAAGAGGUUCAUGCGGUCGGACCACCUCAGCAAGCACGUCAAGACGCACAACGCCUGCAGCGCUGGCAAGAAGAACAGCGACGGGAGUGAGUGUGACAGCGAGAACAGCCAGAGCGAGCCUCCCUCAGUGUCCUCUCCCGCCUCUGUCAACACACCGCCCAUCAACACCCCCACCACACCCACCGCCCAGGCCAUGAGUCCGCCCGCGCCAGACCUCAAACCUAUUGUGUGAGGGGCUCGGUCGUGGGCGGCCUCAGGACCUCUCCCGACUACUCCCGGCAGCUUCCAGCCCGCCUCCUACAGUUGGAGAGCGGUGCUGGUGGCUAAGCAGCAGCAGCAGGGUGCAGAGGGGCGCCUGCCGCGGGCUGUAUACCCCCCUUGUGAUAGUGGGCGUCCCUGCGGCGUCCCUGGUGGUGGUGGAGUGUCAGUGCAGGACGCGGGCCCCGCCUUGAGCAGGGUGCCGGGCCCCCAGUAUCAGGCCUGGUACGGGCCCCCCCAGUACCAGGCCACAGUGUCAGGCUGGUUGAGGGGCCCUCCUUAGUCCCAGGUCUCAGUGCCAAGCCGGGUGCUGGCCCCCACGCUCAGAGCCAGGCCUUAGUGCCAAGCCGGGUGCAGGGCCCUCCCUCCCCCCUCCCCUCAAAGCCGGCCCCAGUGUCAGGCGGGGCCCGUGGGGUCUGCCUGACUCCCCAGUCACCCCAUCAGCAUGUGCCAAAUGUUGCGCCCUUCUAUGAGCCGCGUGUGUGUAAAGUGUGUACAGUGUUUCCUAACGUAAGAUGACUUGUAAACUAACUAUGAUGAUGGGCAUUUGUACCAGUGUUUGUCCGUGUACGGUUCACCCUUAACUCUUCUUUGGUUCUUAUACAAUAACACAUCUUAUUUUUACACGAUAUUUUUGUUGUAUUUUAUUAACUCCACCUCACACUGCGCUAACAAGGUCAUCCAUCACCCACUACUGAGAAGAAUCACAGAGUCGAGCCCAACCCACUGCUACCAUGUGUGUGUCUUGCGUCCCGUGAUGUGGGCGGCGUGGGCGUGAUGCCAAAAGAUGAGGAGGUGGUGUGGGGGCCAUGGGCGGGCGUGGGUGUGUGUGUGUGUGGGUGUGUGUGUGUGUGUGUGUGUCUCCCCCACUCUUGUUCGUGACGCCCACAUUACCUGGGUCCCACAGCCAACACAGGUGACUCAUUAAUGAAGGUAGGAGAUCUAUUGAAACUGUUAACUCUAGGGUUGUGUAGUGUGCUUCAUAUACGUGACCUCUAAUGACCUCGUGUGACCUCUAUUGACCGCGUUUGACCUCUAAUGACCGCAAUUCAAUCGGUAGAAACCUAUACCAAUUUAAAUAUUAAAAACAAUAUAUAAAUUAUUUAGAUUUUGAUUGAUAUAAAAACAUUUAAAAAUAAUGAAUUCAUGAUUGAAAAAACCCUAGACAGUACUUAAAAGAAUUCACCUCAUAAUCGACUUAAAAAGAGUUCGUUUAUAGUAUUACAAGACAGAGAUAAGUGUCUUGAAUGAAGUUGAAAGGAUGAGGAGAAUUAACUUGGUGUGAGUAAUAUAUAUUAGCGUUUUACUAAAUAGCUCCAGCUUGGCAUAAUUGGGGUUAUAAAGUAAUCAAAGACCAACGAGACAGGAGCGAGAUAACGAGAUGCAGCAUUCACCUGGACAGUGUUUAGGGAUAAUCACCUCCACACGCUAAUUGGGGUCAUUACCUGCCUGAGGAUUAGCUUGUCUGAUCUUUGUCUUGCAGAUGAUAAUAGCAAGUGUGUGUGUCUGUGUCGGUAUCUCGUAGUGCGUGUGUGUGUGUGUGUCUGUUUGAGGGAGAAGUGUGUAAAAUAGGGAGAGAUUUAGGGAGUGUAAGGGAGGACGGACAAUGUCAUUUCAGGGAGAUCAGUGUUAAAAUAGGGAGUGUGAAAUAGGGAUCUUUUAAUCACUAAGGGAGAAAUGUUUAGUCUAAGGGAGAUUUUAACUGUUUAAGGGAGAAUAUCUAACUGAAGUGAAAUUAUAAAAAUGUUUAUUAAUGUUAUAUUGGAUAUUUUGACCGUGAUAAAUGUAUAUGUUUAUAGUGAUUGAAUGUUGAUAAAAUAAUGUGUAUGGUGACGUAGAAUGUUGAUGUGUAUAGUGACGAAGAAUGUUGAUAAAAUAAUGUGUAUAGUGACAAAGAAUGUUGAUAAUGCGUAUAAUGACGAAGAAUGUUGAUAGAAAAAUGUGUAUGGUGAAUGAAUGUUGAUAAAAUAAUGUGUAUGGUGACGAAGAAUGUUGAUAGAAUAAUGUGUAUAAUGACUGAAUGUUGAUAGAAUGAUGUGUAUAGUGACGAAGAAUGUUGAUAAUGCGUAUAGUGACGAAGAAUGUUGAUAGAAUAAUGUGUAUGGUAACGAAGAAUGUUGAUAGAAUAAUGUGUACAGUGACAAAGAAUGUUGAUAAGAUAAUGUGUAUAGUGACGAAGAAUGUUUAUAAUGUGUGUAGUAACGAAGAAUGUUGAUAAAUAAUGAGCAUAGUGACGAAGAAUGUUGAUAGAAUAAUGUGAAGGGUGACUGAAUGUUGAUAAAUAAUGUGUAUAGUAACGAAGAAUGCUGAUAAUGUGUAUAGUGACGGAGAAUGUUGACAAGAUGUGCAUAGUGACGAAGAAUGUUGAUAGAAUGAUGUGUAUGAUGAUUGAAUGUUGAUAAAUAAUGUGUAUAGUGACGAAGAAUGUUGAUAGAAUGAUGUGUAUGAUGAUUGAAUGUUGAUAAAUAAUGUGUAUGGUGACGAAGAAUGUUGAUAAUGUGUAUAGUGGCGAAGAAUGUUAAUAGAAUAAUGUGAAUUGUGAGUGAAUGUUGAUAAAUAGUGCGUAUAGUGACGAAGGAUAUUGUGUUGUAUAUAGUGUCCAUCUAAAUUGUCAAUAACAGGUGACCAUAAGAGAAUAUUGGUAGUAGUUUGUUGACAGAUAUAAUUACAGGUAGAGUUAGAUACAAAAUACAGGUACAAAAUACAGGUACAGUGAUUGAUGAGUGACCAAUCAUAUUAUGUUGUGAACUGAAUGUUGACCAAUCAGGUGGUGUUAUAUUGAGAACAGUGACCAAUCGUGUUGCGUUCUAUAGUGAGGAGUAACCAAUCAUGUUGUGUUAUAUUGUGAACAGUGACCAAUCGCGAUGCAUUAUAUCUUGGGUAGUGACCAAUCAUAUUGUAUUAUACCGUGAGCAGUGACCAAUCACGUUGUGGUAUAUCAUAAAUAAUCACCAAUGACGUGUUUAUGUACGCCAUUUAAUUAAACCAAUUAAUUCUCAAAAUUUCAGUCAAUUAAGCAUAGUAUUUUUUUUAAUAUUUCAACCAACUCGUCAAAUAAUUCCCCAAAUGUUUAAUAAAAUAUAAAAAUUGAAGACGAACUUAAAUUUCACCUCAAAUUGAAAAAAAAAAAUAUUUAAAACUUGUAAACAAAAUUUGAGAAAAAAUCAAUGACACUAAAUUUAACUAGCAAAAUUAACACACUUAGGAGGAUCUUAUUCAGUCAUUGAAAUAUAGUCUGAAAUAUAUUGUCAUGAAUUUGAUCUAUAUGAGCAAACUUCUUCCCUAUAUGGUUUAUAAUGAUUUUACCUCGAAUAAGAUCUCUUGAAAAUACUAAAUGAAAUAUAUCCUCAUAAUAUAAUUGAACUAUACUAUGGAAUAAUACAAUGACUGAAAAAAGAUUCUCAUAAGUGUGUCGUAAAAUAGUUCUUUAAGUGAGAUAUAUUUAAUUUUAACCAUCUAAUUAAUCUCUGGGUGAAAUAUAUUCUAUAAUGAGUCACUGUGAUUUUGUUAAGAUAUUCCAGGACGUAAUUAUAAUCAAUAGAGAAAAAUCAUAGUUAAAUUCUAAAUGGUUUUUAUGGUAUAGUAAUCACGUCCUAAAGUGUACACAAUCAUACUUAAACAUGGUUGUCUGUCUGUCUGUCUGUCUACUAUUCACUGCUUCAACAUUACCUAAAAAUAUUACAGACAUCAGUGAUAUUUUUCUGACGCUCAUGAGAGAGAGAGAGAGAGAGAGAGAGAGAGAUUUAUCCGUGGAAUGAGAAGGAGAGAGAGGGAGAUUCAAUACCCCCCCCCCUCUCUCUCUCUCUCUCUCAAUAUCUCUUCAUUUCCAAGACAUUUGUUCCGAAUUACUCGACUCGUAGGGGGGGAGGAAGGGACGGUACACACUAGUAGCCAAUUACAGUCACUAUUUUGCCCAUUUUACCCCAUUAAUCCGGCCCAUUUUGCUUCCUCUCCCCACCUUCGUCCGUCUUCCUUGUUCUCUUACCCCUCACCAUUCCCCCUCCCUCCCCCUCAUUCCCCACCCCCACCCCCUACACCAUGGGCAAUCAGUGUGGGCUGUACACGAUGGAGUUCCGCAUUCAUAGAACCUCUCUGGAGAUUAGCUGCGGAGUGAAGGUUGGGUUAGGGUUGACGAUUAGCUGUUAUUUGAUUAGCUGCGGAGUGAAGAUUAGAUUAGGGUUGAAGAUUAGCUGUGGGAUAAAGAUUAACUGUGGUAAAGGUAACUAGUGGUAUAUAUCUGACGCCUUCAAUAGACUGUCAUAUAUCAGUCAGAAUCUUAAUGAGUGGCUCCAGGCAAUGUCAGUUUAAUCCUUCAACUCAGCAGCUCAAGUCAAUCAAUCUCAUUAAGUCAAUCAGUUACCCAAUCUCAGUCAAUUCCUCAAUGAGCCAGUUCAAAAGGUCAGUCAAGAGCUAUAAUUAGUCUAUCCUUUAAUCAGUCAAUCAGUGAGUCAGUCAAUCGCUCUACCAAUCAAUUAUCCAAUCAGCCAACCCAGCAAACAACCAGUCAACCACAACAUUGUCUAUAAGUCAGCCAAUCUCGGGUGUCUGUGUGGUCAACCCUCCCUCCCCUUCCCUCCUUCCCUUCUCCCUCCCUCUCACCAUCCUUCUCUUCUCUCCCUCCUUCCUCCCUCCCCCCCUCUCUCCUUACCUCCUAUCCCUCCCUCCCUCCCUCUCCUCCCUAAUGAUCAGAGGCCAACUACCGCUCAUUCAAUCAGCUAAUUCUUUGUGGCGUAAUCCUGGGUAACUACUUAACUCCCCUCGGCAGUGUUUCCCCUCACUCCCCUCAACCACCACUGAGGGGAGCACGUGUGGGUUAGGUUAGGUUAGUAUGG